AGGUCAUGCACUAGAAGCAUUUAGAUUUGGGUACAUCAUUUUAGGCGGAAAUUGACUUUUUUUGCCCUUUCCCUAACAGGUUCUAUAAAUAACAGGACAGGGGUUACAAUCUGUAACUCUUCAACACUGUUAGCCCGGAUUUUAUAUCUAAUUAACAAUUUAAUUACAGCAUACUUAAAUUAUUUAAUUUUUAAUGCAUUACUAUAAAAAUUUAAGUGAAUUCUACUACUUUUGUGAACCUAUUUGAAAGUGUGGAAAACUUUAAGUUUAAUGGACUGAAAUUGUAAAGUUUGUGUACUGACCACGCUCUACACACAGGUAGCUCAGCUCGCUGUUGCAAGCAACGCCAUUUUCUCUCGCGGUUGGAAGUGCAUUCUAAUUCGUAGAGCUGUUGGUUUUCUCACUCGCACAUGGCGGUUCCAUACACUGCAUGUUCGACACAAAGAGAUUUAGCUGCUACAGCAAAGUGAGACAUGAAGACCACAGUUUACUAAAUCUGAUGACAGGAAGAAAUGCUUUGGAAGUGAUUCCUGGAGAGCUUCUCUGUUCAAAAAUUCUGCAGAUUCUGUUUGGCAAAGAGGAGUGACGCUCAGCAGCAAGAGAUGGCUGUCCAAUAGAAAUUAACCAUGAGAGUUAUUGUCUCUGAGGGAGAUAUACGAAAAAUGACUAUGACAACACAACCUGACAGACUUGAAGAUUUGACUGAGUGGCUCAAAGAAAAUCUUCAAACAAACUACAGCUUCACUUUACAGUACCAAGAUCCCGAAUUUAACAAUGAACUGUGCAAUCUUACAGAUAUCUCUGAGCUUCCAGAAAAACCAACCAUCAAAAUCAUCCCUGUAAUUAAUCUCAUACCAAUUCCUGCAGAACCUGAAUGUUUUGGUGAAUCAAGCAGCCAGGCAGACACUGAGAUCCUGUCCAACUCCUCUCUGGAUAGAAGUUUUCAGUGGCCAGAUACAUUUCACAUUCCGAAAUUUUCUGUUGAUGUCGAGUAUCGACUUCGUCAAGGUAACCUGCUGUAUCUGAAGGAUGGAACACAUCUGAAAGUAAUGAAAGAGAUGAAGCAUGAUAUUCUCGAGAAGCUGGCUGAGACAAUGUAUGAAUUUAAAGCAUAUCCAACAAAGGAAGAAUUUGAAGAUGUUGCAAAAGCCUUAGUACAAUCACACCCAUGUCUGAAAGAGCAAGGCUCAUCCUCUGGUUGGGAAGGAUGGAAAAAUAGCCUAAAAUUCAAGAUGGGAAAUUAUAGGAAUAAAAUGCGCUUGCUGGGUCGACUUGAAGUCACCGUGAAUGGAGGUAAACGUGGGAGGCACACUACAGAUGGUAACCCUCCCAAUAAAGACAUCAAGAAGCCAAAGAAAGGGGAAAUAAAUUUCCUACCUGAAAAUCCAGAGGGCAUGGAUGACCAAAACCUGGAAGGAGUUCGUCAGGUCCUUGUCAAUGAAAUGAAAAAGACAAAGCCAAAUGGAUCCCUUGUGAAGAAACACAUGGACAUGACGUUUGCGCUUCGCAGAAAAGAAGUUGUCAAUGAAAAGCCUGACAUCAGCAAGAUGGUUCUUCGAUGGCCAUCUCUGUUUACAGAAAGCCAGGUUUAUUAUGAGUUCAACAGAGUGGUGGGGAAAAAUCUGAGAGAGAACUUCUUUGAUGCACUUGACCAUUACUCUCCAAAUCUAAUGGAAAUCUUCAGGAAGAAGAAAGGCCUCACCGGACAGCUUUUAGCUGAGCUUUUACGUCAGACAAAGACCACCGAGCCAACAGAUGUCAGGUCCCUUUGCCUUCGUGGACUGCCGGUCAUUUUGGGGGAUGACCCUUCUGCAUUCUUUAAGACCUGCUCUGAUGUCAAUGACAAGGACUCAUUCCAACAAAUUCCAGUGGGAAUCCUCUGCCUGGAUCCAGAACGUCCACAGCUAAACCCUUUCGGAGUGCACAUCAUCUUGGAAGGGAGCUUAGUGAUGGAACCAGAAAACCUGCCUCAGGCCUUCUGUCUUCUCUUUGGACUCAUUUAUGCCCUGCACUUGGACUAUCCAAAGUACAUGAAAAACACUUUCCUCUUCAUCCAGCAGGUAUUUCUCAACUUGGGAAAGGGUGAGCUGACACCUAAAAUUCAAUCUUUAAAAAAUCAGCUGGCUGUGACAGUGUAACAGGGUUUCCUCUAAAGAAGAGAUUACUUUUAUUUGGUGUUUUUGUUGUCACCUUAUAAAAUUCACUGUACUGUGAAAAAAAG